UGUAUAGCCGGAAUAUGUAUUUGCAAAUCGCUUUAGUUCAAGCUUUUAAUGUCUUUAUCAAAUUAUAGAAGUUCCGUUUUCAAAAAAGGUUCAGAAUUAAAAAAGUUGUCUCUAAAAGACUCAUACCCGUUCGUAUGAAGGUGAAGGCCCGAAGGCCUCGCAGACACAUUCGCAGGAUGGUAAAUCGGGUGUGUCAGGCGAUCUUUUCGUGUUCGCGCUGGAACAAAAGUAUAGGUUUGGCCAUACUCCAUACCACGUCGGCCCUGGUCCUUGUCGGUGUUAUACUGUGCCUAUUCGUCUAUGACAUGUGGUAUGUGCUGCCGGAGAUAUUCGAUCCUUACGGCCUCGUAUAUGGCUUCCACUUGCUCUUGGCCCUAUUCAUUGUUUGCAAUAUCCUGGGCAAUAUGUGGGCUGCCUUCCAAUGCGACAACUCGGUUGCAAGUCUGGCGAAAAGUCGACAGCAGCCGGUGGAGGGCGAAGCUCACCUCUGGCACUACUGCUCCACCUGCCAGUUGCAAGUGCCACCGCGCUCGUGGCACUGCCGGAUGUGCAACUGCUGCAUUCUGAAGCGCGAUCACCACUGCACCUUAGUGGGAAACUGCGUGGGGCACAAAAAUCAUCGACACUUCAUAUGCUUCGUUUUUUACCUGUUCCUCGGCAGCGGUCUGGCGCUUAUCUACAAUGGUAUAUACACCUGGAAGUGCAAAGCUUUUUUUGUGGCAGACCCAAUACUUAUGAUGGGAACGUAUGCGAACAAUAUUAACGUCAGCGGCUCGGACGAUAUCACCUGGAUGUACGUCGUGGCCACCGUAUUCAAGCUAAACAUGUUCUCGUUUGUGGUAGCACUCGUCAUGUUCUCCCUUCAGAUGUUUCUGGCGUAUCGGAACAGCACUUGCUACAAGAUAAUGGAUCGUUCGUACGAUCUUGGCUGGCGCGGUAACCUUGAGGUCGUCUUUGGAAAGCGUCUCUUCUGGAUCUUCCUGUGGCCCACGAUUGAGAGUCCAUUGCCGCACGACGGAGCCCAGUGGCCUUUAGAGCUCAGUGGCAACAACAUUGUUGUUUAAACUAUGUCUGUGCUAUUUAUUUAAAUUAAACGGUUGCUAAUAA